AGAGAGAGAGAGAGAGAGAGAGAGAGAGAGAGAGAGAGAGAGAGAGAGAGAGAGAGCCGGUUGGAUAAGACAGUGCCCAGUAACGCAAGGGGGGGGGGACCAAACAACUUCCAAACCGUUGUGUCCUCUGGGCGGUCUGCGGGGAGCUCUGGAGCUGUUGCCACCAGAGAGGUGGGUUUAAAACGUCCUCGUUCUCGGUCAGAGAUGGAGUACCCCGACGACUUCCUCCUUGCUGAGCUGGGCCACCUGCAGCUCUACAACGACUUCAAUGGUACCUACUACAAUGAGACCGAAGCCUUACUGCCAACAGGCGUGAAGGUCACCAUCGUGGUCGUCUACAUGAUUGUCUGUGUCAUCGGCCUGGUCGGGAACUUCCUGGUCAUGUAUGUGAUCAUAAGAUACACAAAGAUGAAAACGGCCACUAACAUCUACAUUUUUAACCUGGCUCUUGCUGACUCUUUGUUCCUGGCUACUUUACCUUUCCAGGGAACCGAUGUGUUCCUGGGCUUCUGGCCAUUCGGGAACGCUCUGUGUAAGGCGGUGGUGUCUAUCGACUACUAUAACAUGUUCACCAGCACCUUCACCCUGACAGUGAUGAGUAUGGAUAGGUACGUGGCAGUCUGCCACCCUGUCAAAGCGCUGGACAUGAGGACUCCUCACAAGGCCAAGGUGGUGAAUAUCUGUGUGUGGGUGUUGGCUUCAGCCUUUGGCGUACCGGCCAUGGUCCUGGGAAAUGUUGAGGAGGAACAAGAGCAUAACAGUGUUGAGUGCAUCAUGGUUUUACCUGAACCAAGGACUCACUGGGAUCCUGUCUUCGGUACCUGUAUCUUCCUCUUCUCCUUCCUCAUCCCCGUUGCUAUCAUCAGCAUCUGCUACAGCCUGAUGGUCAAGCGCCUGCGCAACGUUCGCAUCUUGUCUGGCUCCAAGGAAAAAGACCGCAACCUGCGGCGCAUCACCAGGAUGGUCCUGGUGGUGGUGGCAGCAUUUGUCGUCUGUUGGACACCUAUCCAGAUAAUGGUCCUGGCUCAGUCUCUGGGCUUCAACCUGACCAGCUUGUUCACAGUGGUCCUGAUGCACUUCUGCAUCGCGCUGGGCUACGUCAACAGCAGUUUGAAUCCUGUCCUCUAUGCCUUCCUGGAUGAGAACUUCAAGCGCUGCUUCCGGGAGUUCUGCAAACCCUCGCCAUUCCGCCUCGACACCCAACAGUCAGGCAGGAUGAGGAGCAUUGCUAGGGAGGUGGCGGCUGCUUACAGCUGCAAGGCUGAUGGCAGGGGGUCAGGAGGAGGGACGCCUAAUCCUGCAUGACUAGGCGUGGAGCUCCCCUUGGUGGGGGUAGACCCCAAACAGAGGGAAGAGAACCACGGGACAGGGAACUCCAACACAGAAUUGACUCAGAUUACAGCUCUCUAGCGGCACGAGCCCCCCCGCCCCCCAACUAGAAGACUGGCUUGGGGCGGGGGGGAGGGCGAUGAGGAGGAUGGGGUUGAAAGGAAAAGAAUUUAGGAACGCAUAAGGAUGGUAAACAUAUCGUGCUUAUAGUAUAUGGGUGGAGGGAAAUGGAAUACGUUGAAAGCUUUGGUGGGAUGGGUGUGGACAUCUAGGAAGGAGAUAGUGCCAGAUAUGGGAGCAGCUCAGACCAUUCUGGAUCCUGGAUCAAGGAAUGACUAUGGUCCUAAUUCCACUGAGGCAUUCAGAUAUUUUGGAAAGUAAGACUUUCAUCCAACUAUCUUGGUGGACGUAAACACAAAAGAGGUAACACCAUUAUUUGACACUUCAGCUCCAAAAAAAAGCCUGAGUCUGGUAUCUGUUGCUGCAUCUCUAGAAAGAUGCCUGACUCUGUACUUGGGUAUGAGAAGGCAGAGGUUGGGGAGAGUCAUUUGUAGAGACCAUAUUAUAGAUGUAAUAGAGUGGGUGCAUAUACCAAAAAAAAAGAAAAAACACAAUGCCCUACUUGGUGCUUGUAAAAAGAAUAUACUCAACAUUGGAAGCACAGAUCUUGGCUAUCUGGCGGUAAGGACCACAUACUGAAGAAGCCAAGGAAGACUUAGGCUUUCUGGAACUGUGAAAUAGAGAAUAAACACUUUCAUUACAGUUAAUUGUAUCUUUAUCCGUUGAUGUUUCAGAAUUACCAACUUCCUGUGCUCCACACUCAUCCCAGUACGGGGUAUAUGUUGGUUUCUCUAAAGAUGGGUCUAGAUAAUGGUAAUAUGCUGCUGUAAGCCCUUAUAAGGACUGGGCAAUCAAAGUAUGAUAUUAUAUUUCAGCCUUUAGACAUGAAGUUGGAUGUAAAACAACAGCUGGCAUAAGAAAAAGAACUAUGUGCUGCAAACUGCUCUUGAACAAUAUUUCUCAAACUGUGUGUAUGGAAUCUGAAUGGGUCACAUGAAUGUUAUUUAUCAUAGGGGCAACUUUUCUCAAUGUGUUCUGAAGCAAAUCAAGCCCGAGAAACCCUGUCAAACUAGUUUCUGAGAGUUUUUGUUUUUUUAAAACUUACUAUGAUCACCAGUGAAAAACUGGUGGUAUUGUAAUCUGAAAAAACAGCAAAAAGUGAACAACAAAAUCAGUUUUUGGGACAAGCCCAGCCUGGGUAUUAAUCCUUCUUCUUGUUCUUGCUACAUAAGAUGAAUGACAGUGCCUCUCUGUGGUGUGUCCACAAAUGAAAUGUAAAUUAGCCAGUCUAAGGGUAGGUACCCAAUUUUGCACCUCGGACUUGCGAAUUUUUGCCACAAACAUCAUCUUUCUUAUUCUAUCUACAUGACCUGGGCAAAAAAACGUAUUCAUAAAAGCUGUUUCAAAUAUUUGUUUCAAGCAAAUCUGAAAUGCAGAAGUUGUCAAAUAACAAUUAUGAGAUUAGUUGUAAUGAAUUAGUUCUUCUUAAUUGUAAUGACAUUUGAAAAACAAUCCUCAUUUUUUUGAAACACGCUUACAAGAUGAUAUUUACAAUUGAACCAAACAUCUCUUGUGAAACUUUUCAACACAAUUUGUUUAAAAAUGAAUACAACGAAAUAGACAUUACUCUAAACCUGAUAGCUAACUACCUGAGUCAUUCACCACACUGCAGUUGGCCAGUUGAGCCAACAUUUCCACAGUUAGUUGAAAAGAAAAAAGAAAACAUGAAUGUUUGCUGGUAAUGAUGAUAAGUAGGGCUGCCUAUCAUUUAUACUUGAUAUGUUUGGAGUCUGCUUAAUAAUUCUAUCUCUUAUUGAAUCCUAAUUUUUAAAUCUUUGUAUUUUGUUUGAGCACAAACAGAAACCAACGUAAUGUUGCAAUCCUUAAGAUUUCAUUCCUAACAGCAAAUGCUGUUUAAUACAACAAUCCCAGAAGUUUGAGGGCAGCAGAGCAAACUGUUGCUGUUUCAAUAAAGAAGUCAGGCAAUAAUUGAUCUUUUCCGUCUUUCUGUGAACAACCAUCAUUGGAUUGUAUGCUGCACACGGCAUGAUUCUGUGAACAUCAAAAGUGAAAGUAGUUGGUUACCUCACUUUGCAACCUAUUGCCUACAUCUAAAAAAAUGUUCAAAUAUAUUACUAAGAAGUUUAUAAGCAUAAAGAAACCAAAGUUUGCUUUCAGGAAAGAGGAAUCUUAGGGAUAUUUUUUUAGGGAAGGUCUGGUUCUUUUAAAUUUGUGUAUAGUUGGAACCAUAUGUUGAUAUCCAGCCCUUGAGAUCUAUUACGGGCUCAGUUGGUAACUAGCUAACACUGUUCACUGUUCAUCUAUUUGACAACAGCCAUUUAAUCUGACCCACUGUAGAAAGGAAAUGUCUGAUAUAACAAUGAGAAUAUCAGAUAUUUCUCUAAAAACAGUUAUGAUACAAUCUGAAAUACCCUGUUGAAAUACUAUAAGCAUGCUUGCAGCUUGCGUUUUAAUUUCCCAUGACCCCUACAUACAGAGGGAAUAUAAUCAGCUUUGAAAAUCAAACACAUGGGUGUGCGGAUUUUUUUCCAAGGUCUGUAGCUGCUGUCAGGUUUGGGAAAUCAGAGGUGAAACUGAUGGGGUUCCAAGACAUGGUUGGGAUUGGGAAUGUUGGCGGUGAACUCUGGGUUUGAGAUAUUUUGAGGUGGGGACAAUUACAUUGGGUGGGGUUGGGAAAGAGUGCUGUGAGAUUUUCAUUUUGACUCCCAGUACCACAGUGGCAAAGCAGAAUAUCGGGGUCACAGUGCUUUGACCCCACUUCAAGGGACAAAGGGGCUCUCUCUCUCUUCUUCGUGUCUUAAAGUGGAAAUCAACUCCGAAACAGAAACCACAUCAGGUAUUCUUAUGUUCCUGUACAGUUUGGGAAAUAAUACUGACAGCAUUAGACUAGAUGCAGUAUUCCAACUGUUGGACAUCUUCUGGGACACUUGAUACUUGAACUGAAAGAAAUAGACAGUUGUGAAAAAUAUGAACCAUUAUGAUGGAAUGAUGAAUAUAUUAUGAUUUAUGUCUGUUCUUAACUGGAAAUGUGUCUCUCACAUAAGUCUAACUGUGGCUUUUUCGUAGUUCUAUUUGUAGUAGUUUUUAUAUGAGCCCUAUUGUGAUGACCAAAAACUACCUACCUACCUUACAUUUUUUUACUAAAUGGUUGCAAAAUGUUAGGAAAAAGUCUUUACACAUUUUCCUGUUAAUGUUCAUUACAAAUAUAAAAUAAUCUCACUGUUUGACUUUAACAUAAAGAUUAAAAAAAAGUUGAAAUGUCGGUUGCAUUUUCUGAUUCAUAGCUUAAUCUUAACAUUUAUAAAUCAGUUUUGGUUAUCGGUCCAUAAAUAAAAUCAGCUACUCAUAAACAUUGAAUGGUUUCACUCCAGAAACUGGUUCUACUUCAAUGUCUGAGUCUACUGUAUAUUUAAGAUUAUGGCCAAUUUUGGUAUUCAUUUGAAUUCUUUGUUUGUUAAAAUCAGCGUUUGCUUUGAGGGAUUAAACAAAUGGAAAUUCAAUUUCACAUUUUUGCAGUUACACACUUUGGAUUAUACAAUGUUUGGCUGCAGCUCUAGUGAGCCAGAUAGCGGUUAAACUGCCAUGGGGCUUAAGAAUUAACAUGUGGAUUCUGUUUUAGGGUUGGUGUCCCCUUUCAUUUUUUCAAUUUGUAUCUCUUCAUAUAAUUUGCUAAUUUCUGAUUGGUUCAGAUGUCCUUACUUUUAAUUUAAAAUGUUUGUUUGUUUGUUUCAAAAAAAAUUUACAUUUUGAUGAAUUUCACGAUAGAAAGAUGACACCAUUUGCUGUCAUGAACGUUUGUGGAUUUGCUGUCGAUUGUAUUGUUUAAGUUAUGUGCAAACCAAUUUCUUUCCUGCAGUUACUCUUUGCAGCAUAAAUAAAUCCUAAAUAAUCUUCUUUUGUUUGAGAGGAACCAUUCUAUGAACUUACAUUGCCUUAAAUAUCAAGUGAAGUCUGCUAACUGAAGCUCGCUCUCUGUCUGGAUAAGAUGUGUUCUAGUUUUUACUGGUGCUUUGCUGUUAGUUUAUACUAGUCCAGAGCUGUAUUCAUAAAGCUGCUGAAGCCAGAGAAAAAUUCAAUUUUGACUUUGUAUUUCUUAGAAUAGCUGUCUUUCGCCAUACAUUGAGGAUGUAACUACUUUAUUACUAAUUGCUAAAAGAUCAGUGUUAAAUCUAGUGUCAUUGACCCUUUUGGCAUUUUAGGAAAGUGUGUUUUUUUUCUGUUUUUCUUCUUCCUUAAACUUUUUACAAUAAAACCGCAUGCUGUCACUUUGGUUCUUACCUUUGAGUGUGAAGGUAAAGCACACCUAAACAAAUUUAUCAGAUGUCGUUUGUGCUCAAUGCGCCGUUCGUUUCAGUAUUCUGUGAAACUCCAGAGGGCGUACGAACAGAAAUGUACUAUGAAGAAGUAAGAAAACAACGAGCGUAACCGGCAGAACGCCAUAGACCAACCUCCUCAAUGACAAGAAUAAAAUUGUAAUAUAAAAAGACAAAAUUGCUUUAUUAUUAUAUUACAUGUUUUCAGUAGUUUAAACAUAAUCUCCCUGAUACAUUGUUUUGUAUAUGGCCACAAAGACAACUUGUGACAUUUGGUUCAUGGAGAAAGCUAAAAAGAAGUUUGAGUCAACAGUUUAAGCAUUGUUCUAAAUCAGUGCUCAAGGUGUAUUAAACAACAGGUAACCACUGUUCACAAACAAACAAACAUUGAAAAAGCUUAUAUGACUUAAAAACAGCUCCUUUUUACUUUAAGCUACCCUGCCAUAAGCAUGGUAAUAAAACACAACACGUAACACACUCCAAGGUGUUCGGGUAUAGAAAAUAAUGGACCCGGCUUUGCUUCCACAUUGUGCCAUUUUCUGAUUCACCACACAUUAUCACAUACUAAGUGUCUAAUAGUGCCUGCAAAUCCAUAACUUUUGAAACUCAAAAGUGAAGUGAAGUGGGCCAUUAGGUAUAAAAAAUCAGGAGCUGAAUCUUUGUUUAAAGAGUUGUUAUUUUCAAAAUAGUCUGGCUUUGUGAGGCUCAUCUUUGCCAAGUAAAGUUUCAUAAAUUCUCGUAGCUCUACAGUUUUGCCAUACCUCUGGUAUCCUUGAUGAUCAAGUCCAUCUGUUCUGUUCUUAAGAUAGUUUUAUGAAUACUGGUCGUCUUUUGUACAACCUAGCAGACUUUGUGUAGUAAAAAUGUUCAGAGCAUCGAGGACACUUGCUUCGACAUGAUUCACCUUAAUCAAGGCGAAGCUAUAACGCAGCUGUUAGGCUCUUUGUGCUUAACUGUUUAUGUUUAAACUGAAGGCGUUACAAUAUUUUGUAUUACUGUUUGGUGUUUUUUUGUAGCACAAAACUACAUAAAAAGGACUCAAAGAGGGCAAAAUCCUUCCGUUUAACAACGCAGAGUGAGCAUAGUUAUACUGUCUGUUAGCUCUGUACAAACAUUCUGUUUUAAUAUUACACUUGUGUAAAAGUAUGAAAUUAGUUUAACGUCUGACCUCUUUCACUUGUUAUUCUUGGUGUAUAAAUACAAACUAUUUCUUGCUAACCGUAAUGGUACGUAUUGUUACCUCCGUGCAUCUGAACGCAGGGAGAUUCCUUUCAUUUGUUUACAUUUUACAGACCACAUGAAUGUCAAAUGAAAAAACUGUUGAAAAUCCAAAUCGAGGAAAAAAAAACAUACAAUGUUGAUGUUGUUAUUACUAUUAUUGCUAUCAAAAGAGAAAAACAGUGUCGCCUUGUGUUUUUUGCUGUGCGGGAAACUGUCCAGUAUGUAUCUAUGUAUUACUUGUGGACUGCAUUUUGCUCACUGCCUGAGUUAUGAAGUGAAACAGUUCUUAGGGCUCAAAAAUGAGAGACAUUUUUGCUGUUGUUGCUGUCAAGGCCCCACUCCUUACCUAUUUUCAACCACAAAUCCGCUGACACAAUUUGGCUUUGAUCACAAAAGUUGGAAGUCCUCUCUACGGUUCUUAUCUCAUGUUGGGGUCGGGACUACGUCAGAGCAUCAGCUGAAUGCUGAAAUGUGAUAUCAUUAUGUUGAUUUAAAUAUUGGCUAAUGCUAUCCGGUCACAAUUUGCUAUUAGUGGGAUUUGAGUAUCGGUUGUAAUUGGUUGGAGUCAGGUGACAGAGCUGUUUAUAUCACAUCACUCUGGCUGUAGCUACAUAAACGUAAUGUUCCUGUUCUGCAGAUGGCAGACUGAACUACCAUGCUAGCUGGCUUGUCGUUAAAGCAUAGACUUUUUGCUGAAGCUUGAAUUUUAAAUUGUAUAUUUUUCUCUGCAUAUGAAAUUAAUAAAUAAAUUAUGGCCA